AUGUUUCUUUCAGAUGUGAAGAGUGAUUCAUGUUUGGAUAUAGAAAUAACGUCCUCAACAUCAAAAGAGCGACUGACAGCACAAACUCUUUCCUGCAUCACCUGUGGAAAGACAUUCAGCUCACAGAGACAUUUAGAGAGACAUGAGAGAAAACACACAGAACAGAAACUCUUCACCAGAUUUGAGAUCAGCUUUACUACCUUACAAGAGAAGAAACGUCAUUCAGAAGACCACAGAGAGAAGAAAAAGAAGCAGUUUCACUGUGAGCAGUGUGGGAAGAUUUGUGUCUCUUCCUCUGAUCUAAAUGUUCACAUGAGGACACACAGUGAUGAAAAGCCUUUCUACUGCACUGAAUGUGGAAAAUACUUCAGAACCAAAGACAAUCUUAAAAUUCAUCAGAGAGUUCACACAGGUGUAAAACCUUACGAGUGUCCUCACUGUGAGAAGAGAUUUAGCCAUAAAUGUGUUUUGAAGACGCAUAUGCUUUUGCACACCAAUGAGAGACCGUAUCAGUGCAGUGAAUGUGACAAAACCUUUAGGGAUUCACGUUCAUUAAAAAAACACCAGAUUACUCACAUUAAAGAGAAACUCCAUCAGUGUUCACACUGUGAGAAACGUUUCUGCCAUAAAUAUCAGCUGAUAGUCCAUGAAAGAAUUCACACUAAAGAAAAAGCUCAUCACUGUAAUGUCUGUGGGAAGAGUUUUAAUCGACAUGGUAGUUUAGUGACACACCUGAGGAUUCAUACAGAUGAAAAACCUUACAAAUGCUCUCAGUGUGACAAGACGUUUGCUUCUUCAGGUCACUUCAAAUACCAUCAGAGACUUCAUACUGGAGAGAAACCUCAUCACUGUAGUGUCUGUGGGAAGAGUUUUUCCAAUUCAUCUCAUUUAAGAGUUCAUCAAAGAGUUCAUACUGGAGAGAAACCUUAUCAAUGUAGUGUCUGUGGGAAGAGUUUUUCUGAUUCAUCUCAAGUCAAAGCCCAUCAAAGAGUUCAUACUGGAGAGAAACCUCAUCUCUGUAGUCUCUGUGGGAAGAGUUUUACUCAAGGGUCUACAUUACUAUAUCACAUGAGAAUACAUACAGGUGAAAAACCUUACAAAUGCUCUCAGUGUGACAAGACCUUUGCUCAGUCACGUUACUUAAAAGACCAUCAGAGAGUUCACACUGGAGAGAAACCUUAACACUGUAAUGUUUUUGGGAAGAGUUAAUAAACAGUCAAACUUUGUAAGCAUAAGUGACCUUACUAAGGAUAUGACACCAAAAACUUGUAACGUAUAAAGUUUUAAAUAUUGUUAAAAACAAGUUGAUAGUAAAAUAAGAACAAAUAAUCAAAUGAUAAGCAAUAUUGUUGAUAAAUACAACAGAACAAACAUACAAAAAAAAUAAACAGUGCUGUUCAUGUUUUUCAGAUUGAUCUCAGAUUGAUCUAACAGUACUGUAUUAUGGAGGAUGAAAAAUGACAUAAAGGUCUAAUAUUUCAAAGCUUUCUAGAUUUCUUUAUUUUAGGUUAUGAUGUCCUUACCGUGGGUUCACAACAGCCGCGUUUGAGGCGUCAAAUUCGCAUCUACCGUCUAGUUUCCCCCUUGAACAUUCUGAGUUUACUUGCUUCAUUCACGCGUGAAAUUCUAGUUAACGAGACAUUCACGCGAAAAUUCACGUCAUGGGAGGGGCUUCUGCGACUCAGCUCGCUUUCUGUAAUCACGUCACUACUAGAGCAAGCCCCUGAUUGUUAACGUAGCACAUUUAUCUGCCAAAGUUCAAAUUUUCAACUAUCGCCAUUCGCGCGAACGAGGCGGAAUUGCAUCUACCGCGCCGCACUACACGCGUCAUUUGGGCCGCAAGACCUCCAGAAACGUGUCUUUACAUUGACUUAACAUUGAAAUCACUAGUGUGAAAUCACCUCAACAGCGGCUGGUGUGAAUGCAGCAUAAAAGGGAUAGUUAACGCAAAAAUGAAAUUUCUGUCAUCAUUUACUCACUCUCAUGUUGUUACAAACCUGUAUAAAUGUCUUUGUUCUGAUGAACAUGAAGGAAGAUAUUUUAAGAAAAGUUUUAAAUCAAGCCACUUGUGAGCCCCAUUCACUUCCAUAGUAUUCUUUUUUUUCAUACUUUUAUGAGUGAAAUACACAGUUGACAUAAUGUUACUCAUAGAAGUACACUAAAUGUUAGUUUCUGUACACUAAAUGUUAGGUUAGUAAACCAAGAGACACAGAGACUAAAAGAUUUUAAUCUUACCAUGUUUAACUCAAUUAAAACAACAGCAGCCGGUGUCUAUAACUUAAGAAAACAAACAAUGUCUGGUUUCCAACAAAUAUUUUAUCAAAACAUGUGGCUACCAAAGACUUUAGUGUUACAAAACAACACCUUAGCAUCACAUAACCUUUUACAAUAUAUAAUUUCAGUUUUCUUAGUUCAUAAUGUAACUUAAAAUGAGAGCUGCACGAUAAAUCGCAUGCGAUUGUCUCGCGCAUCUCGUCAGUAAAGCCGCCUCCUUGAUUAGUAGGAAAUCACCAUCACCUGCUUUCAGAAGUGGCAGUUUUGGGAAGGUGCUUUACUAUUAUCUAUAGUGGGUUAUCUGUGUAUGGCGGAUAAAUCGUGCAAAUAAUAAACGUCCGACCGACUGACGAAUGGCUACUCAAACAUCUGACCGAACGUCUUGAACUUUUAACACCUAGCAGCGUGUGCGACCCACGUGGCAACUUAACAUAACAUAAACGCCUUAAAAUGAACGAUUUAAUGUUUUUUUAAAGGCUCUCUAAGCGAAUCUGCGAGACGUUAGUUAUUGUUGACGUUUGAACUGUUUUCAAACAGACGGAGCGUAGCUAACUCCUCCCCCUCCCUUCCGUGCUUUCAUGAACGCGCCCAACCCCCACCCCCAAAUCCUUUUUGUCGUUUAUUGGCUGGAAUACUUUGUUUUGUUUUGUGAUGCUAGGUUUGGCCACUAUGUUGAUAUUGCCGUUUGUGGAGCCUGGGCUGUCUACAGAGAUCGCGUUUUUUUACAGUUUGAUCAGCAGACAGGCAGCAAGCAGAUAGUGAGGAGAUGUUUCCGGUAUGUAACAAAAAAUGUUUUAUGGUCUAAAACGCGUCAAUUCGCUUGGAGAACCUUUAAAUGAGGUAAGAUGCCAAGCUGUUAAAGAGUGUGUGUGUGUGUAUGUUUCCAGGAGCAAACACUGUUCAUAACUAUAUACAAGUGUUAAUUAAUGUUGUUUUUCAUAUUUUAUUUACACAUUAAUCAAUUUUUAUAUAAUCUCUUUUAUAAAGUCUUUUGUUAUGUGUCAAACUUGUUUAUUUUAUAUUGUGUGGUGGGAUGUGAUUUUACGAAUUGGUUUCAAGUGUUUAUGUAAUGGGACCAAAAUGUAAUUUAAUUGUUCAUUAACUUUGCUUGUUUUAGGACUUUGAGGAUUAUGAUGAUUAAUUGCCUGUUUCAUUGCUUUGACAUUUGAUUCUCAUAAUUUUUUGUUAGUUCAUGAAAUAAUUUUCACAUUAUUUAAAUUAAAUAUUUUGCAAGGUUUACCUGGCACUAAAUAUUAAUACACAUAACACACAUUUAAAAGUAAUUAUUGAAUGAAUAUAUCUUUCAAAAACUGAAAAUUCUUAAUAAGAAAUGCACAAUAAAGUUCAUAUAAAAUGCAAUCAAAAUAAACUGACUAUACCCGAACAGGCCUUAAAUAGUAGCCAAUACUACUUAGGUGAUAUAUUAAUACUGGACUACAUGUCUGUAGUGUCUGCAAAAUAUCAAUUCCUUACAGAUCCUUAAGAAUAUGAUCCAUCACUUCCCUAAAUUUGGAUUUGCUGUUUUGUUUUAUUUUGCAGUUCAUACUGCUUAUCAGUUUUGCAGCAUUUUUUUAAAGCUGUUUUUUUCCACUGUAUUAAGUGGCUUUGCAAUGUAUCGCGUUACACUGUCAGUUAAGGAGCGGCAUCUGAUACCGUCUCAUUUAUACAGGCGCUGCAGCUUCCCCUUGUGAGACAGAUAUGCAAUCACUGCGGUGAUCUAAAAUCAUCGCGAUAAGGCCAAACAAUUGCGAUGAGACGAUUAAUCGUUGUGACAGCCCUAGGACAAGCUUGUCACACUUCACUGCACAGACACCAGAUAUAGUAUAACAGGUUUCUUUUUACUUUAUUAUUAUGACUAUCACAGUUUAAUUUAAUGUGGUAAUAAAAUAGGAAGUCAUUGUACAUGCAUCUAUAUAGAUGAAAAUAAAAGCUUUAAACUUAAACUGCACUUUUCAUUUGCAUAUUCAAGAGAGAAUAAUUUAUGUAAUUUCUUAAAAAAAAAAAUAUUUUAUCUUAGCGGAGAAAAGGAAACCGUAGAAUUCAUAAUCUUAAAACGUAAGUAAAGCAAUGAUAGAAAAGAAACUGCUGUGCUACUGUAUUUGUAUAUAGCCAUGUACUUGUAGUAAAUCAAUCACCUCCAUGUUUAUUUUUCAUAAGGAAGAUU